ACUCCAUCAAACAAACAUGCCCGUGAGAAAACAGUGACUGUGAAGAUAAUGUGUUGUGGAGACAAACAUUUUCAUAGGUCUAUCACCACAAUGCUUUUUUGCAUAAAGACCAGAACAGAGAGCAAGUAUAGAGGUAGUGUUUCCUCAUAGUGCUGAACAUCACCACAGACAGUCCACGGAGCAGCAGCAUGAUGAAGCGGAUCUUGCUGGGUGUCAUCUGUCUGUCAGGGUGGCGCAUCUUCUCCUCGUGCCUCCUCCAUCAGUACCACUAUGUGGCUGAUCCUAUGAAUUGGACUGAAGCUCAGACCUACUGCAGAGAGACGUACACAGACCUGGCCACCAUUGAAAGCACUGAAGAAAUGAACCAACUCAUCAGCAAGGUUUCACCUUCUGGCUUAAAUUCUGAAGUCUGGAUUGGCCUGUACAAAUAUAUUGACUGGAGGUGGUCAGACAACUACACUGGGCCUGGAGCUGAUUAUAGGAACUGGCGAUCGGGCUCACCGGGCAAUUAUUUAUGUGGUAUGAGUGACACUAGUACCAAACAAUGGUGGGGAUGGGACUGCUCAUCGUCCUACCCAUUUGUCUGUAAUAACGGAACACAGAAGGAUCCUAAAUUUGUUUAUGUGUCUUCGGCCAUGAGUUGGACCAGUGCUCAGAAGUACUGCAGGGAGAAAUUCACUGACCUGGCCACUGUGAGGAGUGAUGCUGAGAACCAGGCUAUGCAUGCAGUGGCGCUUUCUGCAUAUCCAUGGUUUGGUUUGCACAUAGAUCCUAACAGUUACUGGUCUGAUGCAAGUAACUCCUUGUUCAGACACUGGGAAGGAGCCUCACUCCCAGUUGGCUCGAUGAGUGUUGUAUGUGGUGUUGCAGCUUUGCAGAAUUCGGGAAAAUGGAAGUUUUUUCAGUGUGAAACUCGACUCCCGUUUGUCUGCUACAGUGUCCCUCCACCACCCGUGAAGAGGCAGAUAGUGAAGCUGAGGAUAAAGCGAGGGGGCUCCUCUGUGGAUCUCAAUGACCCUGCUGUGAAAGCUGACAUCCUGAAACAGCUCCAGGUCAGGUUGACGGAGAAGAGAAUGAGCGGAGUCACCCUGAAGUGGAGAGAGCAGCCCGAUGGGAAAGUCUUCCACAAGGAGGAAGAAAGCUCUCGGAGGAAUAAAAGAAAAAAGUCUGAGCUCUGAAAUGCAACUGUUAUUCUGUGUGUCUGUAAGGUGUGGUGACUUUUGAUUCUAUCUGCUCAUACAUAGAGUACACUAUUAUCACUGUGCUGAGUGCUGAACCAGGACCCUGCAUACAUCCUGUAGACUGUCAUAGAAGAGUUUGUCUCUCAUCAUUCAUGUUAUACUGUGUGAAGUGUUCAUGACAUGUAGGUUUUCUUCAAAA